AUGGAGGACGAGAUCGUUGGAGAGCUCAAUGAGCUCUUUUCCCCUGCCUCCCCAGAUGGCCUUCCCAAAGAUGUUCUCGCCGAGCUGCAAUCCAUCCUUCGCGUCCACUCGAUCACCCCGCAGGAGCUUUUCUAUAAAUGGGAAUCGUUCUGUUUGAAGAUGGGUGCUGAAGAGAUGAAACUCACUCUCGACACGGUUCGACAGCUUAAACAGGAUGUCCAGGAUACCCUCGAGCGCGAAAGUCGAGGCAAGGUGGGCCGGCAAACCGAGAAGAGGAGUGCCCCGACUGCUACCCCGCGGGCGACAGGAACUACAGAUGUGUUUGGGAUGCUGGACGGAUUGACGCCCAAUGGUCGAACCCCGAAAAGUGUCAAUGGCUCCGCGAAAAGAAAGUCCGACUUUGCGUCCCCUUCAAUAUCUAAGGCUGGAAAGAUUGGAAGUGAGCAGUCUCCUAUAGGCUCGAAGACGCCGCGCAUUGCGAAUGGCGCUGGUGCGGGUGAUGGUCUGCAGCCCGUCCGGUUCGCCGACCGACCAAACCCAGGUCAGACCAUCGAGACCAUUAAUGCUCAUCUGCCCCUGCCGGAGACGCCCAUGGCGCCCUUUUCGGAAACCCGUAUACGGUGGACCGCGAACACCGAUCUGAAGAAAUUCGGUUACAAACCCUUGGCAAUGCGCUUGUCUGAGACGUCCGAGAUCUUAGACGACCGGAUCGACGAGUUUACGGCCUUAUUCGAGAAAGAAUAUGAGGGGGAGGACAUCACAUUCGGCAGCGCAGCCACGCAGAGUCAAAACGAGAUUGUCGCUGUUGGCCGCAUCGCGUCGGACUCGUUAGAAGGCAAACUCAACACCGCGUCACUUGUGCUGGAGACAUCCCGACGUACGGGUGCAGGAAUCCGGGUUCCUUUGAAGGUCGACUCCCUCCCGUCAGUGAACCUUUUCCCGGGCCAGAUUGUGGCUCUUCGAGGAAUCAACGCCUCAGGGAACUACUUUUCGGUCAAAGACGUCCUUCCCACACCCCUCCUGCCGUCUGCCGCCUCGUCCGCCGUGACAAUUGAUGGCAUCAAUGAUCGGCUCGACGAAGCCGGAUCGUCUCCGUUGAACGUGCUUAUUGCCUCGGGGCCGUACACAACCGACGACAGCCUCGACUUCGAGCCACUCAACGAGAUCUGUCAAAAGGCCGCGGACAGCUACGCCGAUGGGCUCAUCCUGAUGGGACCCUUCCUGGACAUCGAGCAUCCAUUGCUGGCAUCGGGCGACUUCGACCUCCCGGAGACCGACUCGUACGACCCAGACACGGCGACCUUGACGACGGUAUUCCGCCACUACAUCUCGACUCCACUGCAACGCUUGGCCGCCGCGGUGCCCAGUAUCACCAUCGUGAUGGUCCCGUCGGUGCGAGACGCGGUGAGUAAGCACGUCUCCUGGCCGCAGGAGCAAUUGCCCAAGAAGGAGUUCGGCCUGCCCAAGCAAGUGCGCAUGGUGUCGAACCCGGUGACGCUGUCCCUGAACGAGACUGUCAUUGGCAUGUGCUCGCACGACGUCCUCUACGAGCUGCGCCGCGAGGAGGCCAUCCACGGCAGGCCCAAAGAGGGCAACCUGCUCACACGGCUGCCGAAAUAUUUGAUCGAGCAGCGGCACUUCUAUCCCAUUUAUCCACCUACAGCCCGCGAAGCACUGCCCAAACCCGGCACCGAGGACGGCGUGGCCACCGGCGCCAUGCUGGACACCAGCUACCUGAAACUAGGGGAGUGGUGCAAUGUACGACCAGACGUGCUACUCGUGCCGAGCAUGCUACCGCCGUUCGUGAAGGUGGUCGACAGCGUGUUGGUCAUCAACCCUGGUACUUUGUCCAAGCGACGCGCGGCAGGGACCUACGCGCAAAUGGCGAUCCACCGGCGGGACAUUGCCGACGACGAGCGCGAAAAGAAGCAACUCAGUCACAAGCUGUACGAGCGGGCACGGGUAGAUAUCAACCGGAUAUAG